CCUCCUUGCGGGUUGUUGUGUUUCCCUACUUGCAGUGCUUUCGAUUAUACGGUGCUCAACACUUUCGUAGAAAUCUUUGAUUAGCCAGUGUUUGCUGCUCGUCAUCCUGGUCGACCGUUCCUUUCGGAAAGGCUAUUCGUCUUGUGAUAUGUCCAGGAGGAAACAAGCCAAGCCGAGAUCUCUUAAAAGGGACGAAGAGUGGGAUGACAUCGGUGAACAAAAUGCGUUGGACAAUUUGGAUCAUGAUUGCGAAGCCUCGGCGAUCAAACCGGACGACGACGAGGACGAAGACGAGGAGCUUCAACGAGCUUUCAGCCGAGCUUCCGACGAGUAUCUGCAAGAAGAUGGACCGCAGUCACCACAAGGACCUGACUUGGAGAAUCAGAACAGUUUCGACAGUGAAGCUUUGGGAACCGGAAGUUCGUCCUGGCACAGCGAAGAUGGUGGUCCGGUGUCGAGGAGGGGUGGCGACACGCCAUCUUCUUGCGCUACACCAACCUCGGCGAGUUUCCCCUCGGAACCGGAAGCGGAAGGUGAAAACGGGCCGCACGCCGACCUGAACAACCCCGCGGCUCCUUAUCCAUGCCAAUUUUGCGACAGAUCAUUUCCCAGGCUGAGCUACUUGAAGAAGCACGAACAGAGUCACGGUGAUCAGAUGCCCUACAAGUGUAGCUGGUGCGCUAGGUUGUUUAAACAUAAAAGAAGCAGAGAUCGACACGUGAAAUUGCACACCGGCGACCGGAGAUAUCGAUGCACGCACUGCGAGGCCGCCUUCUCCAGAAGCGACCACCUGAAGAUUCACAUGAAAACGCACGACACCCAGAAACCGUAUCAAUGCACCGCCUGCUCCCGUGGCUACAACACGGCGGCUGCUUUGACGUCCCACAUGCAGUCGCACAAAAAGCACCAUCACGGCGUUACGCAGAACUCGAAAUUGGACUCCGAUUUUGGACGGAGAAGCGUCUCCUCCCACAGUACGGCCUCACCCCCCGUACCAAACUCACCCUCGCCGAGCUUGAACCUCACUUUGGCAUCCAGGAAUCAGGGGAAGGGCUCACCUGUGGUUCCCAGCGCUUCGAACACCCCGGUUCUCCACUCUCCGUUGAAGCUGGCCUGCAUGUACUGCACCAGAGACUCCUUCACGAGUAUGCAGCAGCUCCAGAUGCACGUCCACGCUAUGCAUCGAGCUAUCCUGAGCGGAGAUCACCGGACGAUGCCGUCGCCGGGUCAGGUUUCGGAGGUCUCGAGCCUCUCGAGGGACCGAAUAUUCGACGUGCAGGAUAAAGCGUUCAAGGAACAGGACAAGAAGCUAUCGGACGAGAGACAGGACAAGGCAUCGGAGGGCGGUAACAGCCUCUGCGUAAAGACGGAGUACUUCGACAACAGCGGCUUCUCCUGUGGCCAGUGCACGAUGAAGUUUUCGAGUCUUGGGACCCUCAGGGACCAUCUGAUAUCCAUUCAUCGGGUCGACGGGUUCGGGGCAACGCUGAUGUGUCCGCUGUGCGGAAUACCCUGCGUCUCGGCCGCCGCCUACGCCGAGCACUACGUACUCCAGCACUGCGAUGACCGGAGGAUCAACUACGCGGAGAACUCGGACUACGCCGACCUCAAGACGACCUCCAGGAACACCCUCAAGGCCGAUGCUCUCGGAUACGGCACCAACAAAUCGUCCAGGGAUUCGGAGAGAGCCGUUAAACCGAGCGGCAGGGAAUCCGCCGAAUCGAAACUGGUCGCCAACGGAAAUUACGAACCGAAAGAUCAGCCUGCUGACCUGACCAACAAACAUGGAAGAUCGGCCGAGGCCUAUUCAGCUGGAACUCUGCUCUGUGGACAGUGCGGCGCUGCUUUGAAGGACUUCGAGUCAUUCCGAGAGCAUCUGGCGAGGCAUUUACAGGCCGACCACCGCAAGGAGGUCGCCAAAAACCCGUGCCCGAAGUGCGAUGCCUCCUUCCAGGACCGCGAAGAGAUGCUGGGGCACCUUACCAAGCACUUUCUUGGCCAGGUGACGAAGGAGUACGCCUGCGGUGUCUGCAAGAAGUUUUAUCCUCAUCCCGACCUGCUUCAGAGGCACCUGCUCGACUCCCACGCGCACCAUCUGUACCGAUGUGCACUCUGCCGGGACACCUUUGACUCCAGGGUCGCGAUCCAGGUCCACUUCGCGGUGAAGCACAGCCAGGAGUGUCGCGUGUAUCGGUGCAGCGUCUGCCCGACAACGAACAACGAGAAUUCACCCGGCAACUCACCCGGGGGUGGAAGCAGGAACUUGUUUAGAAGCGAGGCGGAAAUGGCGAGCCACGUGCGAGCCGUUCACGCACCUCCGGUCGCCAUGGCCGAGAGUCCGAUGAUGCCCAGGAGUCCGGUGGCCACGCCAGGUACUCUGGGGGCCAACCUGCGGUGCGUUUUCUGCGGCGUUUGCUGCGGAUCGGAUUUAGAGCUUCAGCUGCACCUGGCGAACCACUCGGCGAGUCUAUAUCGGUGCCCGAUAUGCCGGGAGGGUUUCGCCGUCGAGUUUCUCCUCGACAAGCACAUGCAGUCGCACCACCUCGGUGGACUGCCGACCGGGCAGACAACCCCGCGGGAAAACGGGCGAGUUGGCAACCCCAGGUCGACUCACGGGACGGAGGACUCUGUGGGCCGGGUUCAGAAGAGAGGAAGAUCUCCGGCUAACAGCAACAACAACUCGGUCAGCCAGAGGGACAACAACAACAAGAGAACCAAUUACGGGAGCAACGUGGCUCAGCAUUGCGAGCUCUGCGAACGGGGCGAGUUUGCCAACGACGCCGAGCUUCAGGCCCACAAAAAACUCGCCCACACGCCGCCCAAGGCCCAGAACAAGUCCCUCGCCACGCUCAGUCUGACUUGCGCCUACUGCGGUGAGGUUUGUAGAUCCAGGAGCGAGCUCGAGACUCACACCAGGGUUCAGCACGCCUCGAACGAGCCGGGGGGUCGGCACAAGUGCAACAUAUGCGACGAGGUGUGUCCCUCCGGAUCCACCCUCGCCGAACACAAGCUACAGAAACACUGCAAGAUAUUACUCAGCGACACGUGCGUAGUAUGCCGUGGUGUGCUCAACUCGGAGAACCAGUUUCUUGAACAUGUUCAACGCCACAGCAUCGAGAAUGUCGACCCCCAGCAGAGGGUCGAUAACUCCUUACCUCAUCUUCCGUCGCCCUGCGUUAUCUGUCGACAGACGCUUAUCACCGAUCUGGAAUGUCGCCUGCACGCCAGGUACCACCUGAGGGCGAGUAGUUCGCAAAAUUCGAGUCCAAACCUGAGUCGAAAAUCGCCAAAUCCGAGCUGUUGUAUUUGCCUGCGAGAAUCACCCGCGGAGGACGUCGUAAGCCUGCCUUCGAACCCGGUGAGUGGAGGGAGCCAAUCCUUGCAGGUCUGUAAAUCGUGCUACGUGAGGCACACUCAAGGCUUACCAAUCCUCCACUCACCCUACGAGCACGUUCGCCACGGAGCGGCAAAAGACGACCGCACCUGGGACCAGGUCAAAUGGGAAUCAAAAAUCAACACCAAGGAUUUCGCGAGGGUUCAGGAGCCCACGGUUAACCCCUCGGACGAAGAGGUCCGGAGGUGCGAGGACUGCGGCGUCAAAUUCGAAGCCCCGGAGGAGCUGGAAGCCCAUAGGACUCAGGAACACCCGCAGCGCGAAGAAAGUCAGCCGAAAACUUAUACCUGCAUUCAGUGCCAGAUCUCCUUCGCGACGGAAGCUGAAAUCCAAAAACACGUGAGAAAGGAACACCUGGAAUCGACCGGAAAACCCUGUACCGACGCCCUCAGGUGUCACCUUUGCCUGACCGAGGCGUCCAGUCCGCUUCAGCUCCAAGCCCACCUCAUCGAGCACACUUUCGCCGGAUGCGCAGCCCUCAGCUGUUACAUUUGCCAGGCUCUUUUCACGGCUCCGGCAGGUUUGCAGAACCACAUGCUGCAGCAGCACGGACUCGGCGCCCGUCCAUACGACUGCAACUUGUGCAGUCUCAAGUUCUUCUUCCGAGCCGAGCUCGACCAUCACGUAAUUACGUCGCACCGUUCCGGGGGGUCGGUGUCACCGGGUGAUCACCAGCCGACUUCGAGCGCGGUUACGAUAAGGAAUCUUGAUGGUGAUAACAAGGAGACCGAGCAGAGGAAGUCCCACGAGGUCAGGGUGAAAGAUGAGAUGGUAGUCGGCGAGGAGGAAGACGUUAACGUUGACGAGCAGGAGGACGAGGAGGCGAGAGAUCGGGGACAGGCUCGAGAUCAAGAUCAAGACGGAGAGGAGCGAGGAGAACAAGAAGUGAUAAAGGCGAAAGUGACCGCGCAAGACGAGCCGGAAGGAUCAGUGGAGAAAAACGAUUCGUGAUUCGAUAGAAUUAAAAAGUAG